AUUCGCCGUUGAGAGAAGGGUAUUUCCAAUUAAAAAAAAGGAUUGAUGCUGUCAUUGGAUCUCUGACAUGCCGGCCAUGUGGCUCUUUAGAAGAAACACACACCAUGGACAUUCGCGCCAUUCUUCUUAGUGAGCUUCCAUUCUUAACGUCUUCAGUGUCUCUUGGGGCUGGUUGAUAUAUCUUCGAGAAAGAGAUCCGAAUUGGGCGAAAUGGCCGGAAAGUUCCCCGAAGUCCAGGGUGGCGGCAGCUUGAUCCUCGCCUGGCAGGUCAAGGGAAGGCAUGUGCUUGUGGUUGGAGGCGGCGAGGUAGCAGCCGGCCGCAUCCUCAACCUCCUCAACGCCGAUGCCCUCGUAACCGUAAUCUGCCCUUCCUCCGGCCUCAACCCCGAAGUCCGGCACCGUGUCACACAAAAGCAAGUAGCCCACGUCGACCGUGUCUUCGAGCCCACGGAUCUCGAACUCAUCAAUCUCCCCACGGUCCCCCUCACCACCGGCGCCCCGGACAUGGUGCUGGUCGCCAUCGACGACCCGGCCGCGUCAAGUCAGAUCUGGAAGCUAUGCAAGAAGCUGCGCAUCCCCGCCAACAUCGCCGACGUGCCCCCGGAGUGCGAUUUCUACUUCGGCAGCGUGCACCGCGAUGGACCCCUGCAGAUCAUGGUGUCGACCAACGGGAAGGGGCCCCGUCUCGCGGCAGCGAUACGCAAAUUCAUUGCAGGGCAGUUGCCCAAGGGCGUGGGCAACGCAAUUGAGCGGAUUGGGAUUCUGAGGGCCAAGUUGAGGGAGCAAGCGCCUGAGAUUGAACAGGGGCCCAAGAGGAUGAAGUGGAUGAGUAGGGUUAGUGACAGCUAUAGCUGGGAUGAUAUGUGUGGGCUGAGCGAGGAGGACAUGAUCAACUUGCUCACGUUUUAUGCCGACAAUAAGGUGCCCACGAUUGGCACGCUGAAAGCUAUGCGUGGGGGCGUGGAUUCGGAGGCUAUUGACGUGUUUGAUGGGGCUUUUGGGUUCUGUGUCGGGUGUUGAGUGCAUUUUUGGAUUACACAGCUGCUGGCGUUUGGUCUUGAUAGUUUGGAGGUGAUGUUUAUCUGUCUGCGUUUUCUAGCGAUUCUCAAAACUGUUUUCAGUAGUCCGGUUGUCAAUCAGGGCGUAUUUUCUCUGUGUUCACCACUCCGAGAAUGACCUGGAGGUUCAACUCGUGCGACGAUAUCCAGGUGGAACUUGAAUUCUAAGUAGAAUUUAGCGACUAAGGCUACUUAGUUGGAAAUACUUGCUCCACUAUAAUAGUUGUUGGUUUAUUGUUCCAAUGACUAUAUAAUUUCCC